UCGACUAUCACAAUAAUCGGAAACAGUUUUCACCAACCGGUGGAUACAUAGGACUUCACCCAAAGGUGGAUUACAAAAAUACUCUUCUAAAAUAAACACUAAUCUCACAAAGUGAGAUUGGAAAGAUCUCACUAAAAGAGAGCUAAACCGAAAACUAAACCAAAAGAAUAGUAGAUCUUGUUGAGAGGAACCAAUGUGCAAACUUGCACCAACAACUAACUCUGUUUCGUCAUUCGAUCAAAGUCUCAAAGUGAAACACUUUCUUCUCACAACAGCAAAAUCAUAAAAUCAUAAUUUUCUCUAUUUUCUCUCGCACAAGAGGUUGUGCGGCUGCCCUUGUUUUGCUUCUCUCUCGGCUGAAAAUCAUGCCCAAAAGUGUUGUGCUACCUUGCUUAUAUAAGCAUAAAAAACAAAACCAAUUUCUAAAUGGUUUUUGUUUCCCUGGGUCAAGCCAAAACCAAAGCUGAUAAGUCUUGAUUUUAUCUUCCUUAUUGUUAGUCCAAUUGAGGGGAGCUAAUCCGGACCCAACAAUUUGCGACUUGAAUGACUAUGUUUUCACUGAACCCACAAAUGUCUGUGUUUCUCUGAAUGGUUUACUUUUCAUUUUCAGAAAGGAAGUUCGCAGAAUAAGCUGCAAUAUUUUGCCCCAAGUAUCAUCAAGUCACAACACCCAGGGGGGCCAUGAUUUAUAUGGACGGAGACCGGAGACCACUCCAACAAUUUCCAAACCAAUCAGUAAGUUACAAUUAAUGUACUCUUUGAAAUGUUGGAUUUCUUUUAUUUUUUUCCACACGGCAUUGGAGAGGCCCCCUUCCUGUUCUGCUAGAUUGCUAGUUCAUAUUAUGGUUGGCUGUGUAUUCCUUUCCAUCAUUACAACCUAAGUGAAUUAAGGAAGGGAAUCCGUCAUCCAAAGUAGUAAUUGUCGAUCAUGGCUUCUAAGUUGUGGAAUUUGUUGGGAUUCUUGAUCUUGUUUUUUCUAUCUUUCUCUCACCCCUCUUCAUCUUGUCCUGAUCAUCAAAAGCGAUCCCUUCUUCAGUUCAAAUCCAUUUUUCUCAAUGCUGUAGCUGCUGCUUAUUCUACAUCAUCAGAUGUCUAUCUGUCAACCUCAUUCGAGUUGGCAACAUGGAAUUCCACUUCCGGUUGUUGCCAUUGGAACAGAGUAGUUUGUUCCUCCACAAGCCCAUUCAUGGUUUCUGAGCUGCAUCUUGAUUCCCUGAUUCGUGGAGUCAGAUAUGAUAUUUCGGUUGAUUGGGAAGAUCACACUUUUCCUUCCUCUGUCUUGGCUCCCUUAUUUCAUAUAACCUCCCUAAGGUUGCUUAACCUUUCUGGUAAUUGUCUUUCGGGUGAUGUUCCGUCUCAAGGCUGGGUUAAUCUCACCACGUUAAUCAGAUUAGAUUUAAGCUCAAAUUAUCUUAGUGGAGACAUCCCUGGAGAGAUUGGUAACCUCACUGAGUUGCGACAUCUCAACCUUUCGUCCAACAGGCUUUCUGGUGGAAUUCCAUUGUCAAUAUACCAUUUGAUACAACUUGAAGACCUAGAUUUGGGCAUUAACAUGUUAACUGGUGGAAUUCCCGUGUCCAUUCUGAACUUUACACAACUUCAAGUCCUAGUGUUGUGGGCAAAUCAAUUAUCAUCGCCAAUUCCCACACUUAUCGGUCUCCUGCCAAACUUGGUCACUUUGGAUUUGAGCUUUAACAUGUUAACUGGUGGAAUUCCGAUGUCGAUUCAGAACUUGACACGACUUCAAUUCCUCAACUUGAUGCAUAAUCAAUUAUCCUCUGAAAUUCCAAAAGAUAUCGGGCUCCUUUUUCCUAACUUGGUCGUUUUGCAAUUGCGCGGUAACAUGUUAACUGGGACAAUCCCAAUGUCAACUCUGAACUUGACACGACUUCAAGUCCUGGAUUUGGGUGAUAAUCAUUUGUCGUCACAGCUGAUUCCAAAAGACAUAGGUUUCUUGGCUGACCUAAGAUCAGUGCGUUUGGACAAUAAUAAGUUCACUGGUGAAAUACCAUUGUCCAUUCGGAAUCUAAGCAAGUUAACAGACGUUUUACUCGAAGACAACUCACUUCAGGGAGAGAUACCAUCUUGGUUGUUCGAUAUCAGGACACUGAAGUAUUUGUAUCUUGGAGGGAAUAAAUUGAGUUUGAAACACGACAACUCCAGGAUAGUACCCAAGUGCAUGUUAUGGGCUCUGUCUCUAAGAUCGUGUGGUCUAACUGGGGAAGUGCCGCAAUGGAUUUCAUCCCAGAAAAAUCUUCAAUAUCUGGAUUUGAGCCAUAAUGAGCUCCAGGGAACAUUUCCACUUUGGCUAGCGGAGAUACCACUUAUAUUUCUAGUUCUCUUAGGUAACAACCUCUCUGGUUCUCUUCCUCCUGAAUUUUUCAAACGCAAUAAUUUUUUCAAGUUCCUUGAUCUAUCAAGAAACAAUUUCUCUGGAGAACUACCGAAGAACAUCGGUGACGCUUCCGAAAUUCAAAUUCUUUUCUUAUCUGAAAACAACUUCUUUGGAUCCCUACCUGACUCCAUGUCGAAUAUGGAAUCACUACAACUACUGGAUGUAUCGAAGAACAGAUUUUCCGGAAACACUUUUCCGAGCUUUUGUGAUUUUCUUGAGCUUAUUGAUUUAUCAACCAAUGAGUUCUCAGGUGAAAUUCCAGGUACCUUCCCCACUGGCACCAGGCUUCUUUUCUUGGCAAACAACAAAUUUUCAGGACUGCCUCCAACUUUUAGCAGCUUGAUGACCGAACUUGAACAACUCAAUCUUAAUGGCAAUAGAAUUGCAGGGGGAUUCCCUAGUCUUCUAACUGAGAUUCCAAUGCUUCGGAUUCUGAGCCUCAGGAACACAUCCCUUCAAGGCCAUUUACCGGAAAACAUAUCCAAACUCAGUAAUCUCCGAAUUCUUGAUCUGUCCUGCAAUAACCUCACAGGAAGCAUCCCAGAGGGACUUGGAAAUCUCGCUGGAAUGCUUGAGAAGCAUAUAACUUCUAAGUCCUUGCCAAUAGAAUUGCAGCCAUACUUAAUGGACGAAUCUUCAUUUCGCGUCUCUGAAAUUGAUGCAAACUGGAAGAGGUCAAUGCUGGUGCUGCCAUCAAAUCCAGGCCAAGAUGACAUGUAUUCUUUGUUGGACCUAUCAAGGAACCAACUCUCCGGUGAAAUACCGGCUGCACUCGGAAAUCUCAAGGAACUGAAAACCUUGAACAUAUCCUUUAAUAGGGUGUCUGGGGAAAUACCAUACAGUUUUGGAGGUUUGAAGAAUCUGGAGAGCUUGGACAUAUCACACAACAAUCUCAUUGGUCCAAUCCCACCGACAUUCAAAAACCUGCACCAACUCACAACGUUGGACGUCAGUAACAACCACCUGAAGGGUCCAAUUCCGACAGGCGGUCAAAUGGAUUUGAUGAAUAACCCAAAUGAUUUUGCAAACAACAGUGGGUUAUGCGGGAUGCAAAUACAACUACCAUGUCAAGUUGAGACCCCUGUUUCCCCGACCCAAUCUUCCAUGUUUUCAUGGGAAGGAGCUUUGAUAGGAUUUCCAGUUGGGUUUUGCCUCACCAUUUUGAUUAUAUAUCUAAGUGGCUGGUUUCAAUCCACAUCCUUUGGCUUAGCUCAAGUUAAGCACCGAAGGAGAAGGUUCACGGUGAGCAUUAUGAUUUAG